AUGGGCAACGCCGGGAGCAUGGAUUCACAGCAGACCGAUUUCAGGGCGCACAACGUGCCUUUGAAGCUGCCGAUGCCCGAGCCAGGUGAACUGGAGGAGCGAUUUGCCAUCGUGCUGAAUGCUAUGAACCUACCCCCUGACAAAGCCAGGUUGCUGCGGCAGUAUGACAAUGAGAAAAAGUGGGAACUGAUCUGUGAUCAGGAACGAUUCCAGGUGAAGAACCCUCCGCAUACUUAUAUUCAAAAGCUCAAAGGCUAUCUGGAUCCAGCAGUAACCAGGAAGAAAUUCAGACGGCGUGUUCAAGAAUCCACACAAGUGCUAAGAGAACUGGAAAUUUCUUUAAGAACCAACCAUAUUGGAUGGGUCAGAGAGUUUCUGAAUGAAGAAAACAAAGGUCUCGAUGUUCUGGUAGAAUAUCUAUCGUUUGCGCAGUAUGCAGUAACUUUUGACUUUGAAAGUGUGGAGAGCACUGUGGAGAGCUCGGUGGACAAAUCAAAGCCCUGGAGUCGGUCCAUUGAGGACCUGCACAGAGGAAGCAACCUGCCUUCCCCCGUGGGCAACAGUGUAUCCCGCUCGGGAAGACAUUCUGCCCUGCGAUACAAUACUUUGCCAAGCAGAAGAACCCUGAAAAAUUCAAGAUUAGUGAGUAAGAAAGAUGACGUGCAUGUCUGUAUCAUGUGUUUACGUGCCAUCAUGAAUUAUCAGUAUGGUUUCAACAUGGUCAUGUCUCACCCACAUGCUGUCAACGAGAUUGCACUAAGCCUGAACAACAAGAAUCCAAGGACAAAAGCCCUUGUCUUAGAGCUGUUGGCAGCCGUUUGUCUUGUCAGAGGCGGGCAUGAGAUCAUUUUAUCAGCAUUUGACAACUUUAAGGAGGUUUGUGGAGAAAAACAACGCUUUGAGAAGUUGAUGGAACAUUUCAGGAAUGAGGACAAUAACAUAGAUUUUAUGGUGGCCUCUAUGCAGUUUAUUAAUAUUGUAGUCCACUCAGUAGAAGACAUGAAUUUCAGAGUUCACCUCCAAUAUGAAUUUACCAAAUUAGGCCUGGACGAAUACUUGGAUAAGCUGAAGCACACGGAGAGUGACAAAUUGCAGGUACAGAUUCAGGCUUACCUGGACAACGUGUUUGAUGUGGGAGCUCUUCUGGAGGAUGCCGAAACCAAGAAUGCAGCCUUGGAGAGGGUGGAGGAACUGGAAGAAAACAUCUCUCAUUUGUCAGAAAAACUGCAGGACACAGAGAAUGAAGCCAUGUCCAAGAUUGUGGAACUGGAAAAGCAGCUCAUGCAGAGGAACAAGGAGCUGGAUGUGGUUCGAGAAAUCUACAAAGAUGCAAAUACCCAGGUUCACACAUUAAGGAAAAUGGUCAAAGAGAAAGAAGAAGCCAUUCAAAGACAGUCUACCCUAGAAAAAAAGAUUCAUGAGCUGGAGAAACAAGGGACCAUUAAAAUUCAGAAGAAAGGGGAUGGGGACAUCGCCAUACUCCCAGUCAUGGCUUCUGGCACGUUGCCCACAGGGUCCGAAGUGGCAGUGGGUAACUUCAUGGGACCAGUAAUGGGGGCCUCCUCCUCGGGACCCUUGCCUCCCCCUCCCCCACCACUACCUCUGUCGUCAGAUGCACCUGAAGCAGUGCAAAAUGGUCCAGCAACACCACCUGUACCACCCCCGCCUCCCCCUCCCCCACCUCCUCCGCCCCCGCCCCCGCCUCCUCCCCCGCCCCCUCUCCCAGGUCCUGCAGCUGAGACCCUGCCUGCUCCUCCCUUACCACCCCCGCCUCCUCCUUCUGCACCCCCGCUGCCCGGGACGUCUUCACCCACAGUGGUUUUCAACUCAGGAUUAGCAGACGGGCCCAUCAAGCUUUUCUCUGUGAAAAUUAAGAAGCCAAUCAAGACGAAAUUCAGAAUGCCAGUUUUUAACUGGGUUGCCCUGAAGCCAAACCAGAUCAAUGGCACAGUCUUCAACGAAAUUGAUGACGAACGAAUUCUGGAGGAUUUAAAUGUGGAUGAAUUUGAGGAAAUAUUUAAGACAAAAGCCCAAGGUCCUGCCAUUGAUCUUUCUUCAAGCAAACAGAAGAUAACGCAGAAAGGAUCGAGCAAAGUGACAUUACUAGAAGCAAAUAGGGCUAAAAAUCUUGCCAUCACUUUAAGGAAAGCUGGGAAGACUGCUGAAGAGAUAUGUAAAGCUAUUCAUGUAUUUGACUUGAAGACCUUGCCUGUAGACUUUGUAGAAUGUCUGAUGAGGUUCUUGCCAACUGAGAAUGAGGUAAAAGUGCUUCGGCUCUAUGAGCGGGAACGGAAGCCCCUGGAAAACCUGUCGGAUGAAGACCGGUUCAUGAUGCAGUUCAGUAAAAUUGAGAGGCUCAUGCAGAAGAUGACCAUCAUGGCCUUCAUCGGGAACUUCGCUGAAAGCAUUCAAAUGCUGACUCCUCAACUGCACUCAAUUAUAGCAGCAUCUGUCUCUAUAAAGUCGUCCCAAAAACUCAAGAAAAUCCUGGAGAUCAUCUUGGCCCUUGGAAACUAUAUGAAUAGCAGUAAACGAGGAGCAGUUUAUGGAUUUAAACUUCAGAGUUUAGAUCUGCUCUUAGAUACAAAGUCAACGGACCGAAAGCAAACGCUUUUGCACUAUAUAUCCAAUGUCGUGAAAGAAAAAUAUCAACAAGUGUCCCUCUUUUAUAAUGAGCUUCAUUAUGUGGAGAAAGCUGCUGCAGUGUCCCUCGAGAAUGUUUUACUGGACGUCAAGGAGCUGCAGAGGGGCAUGGACUUGACCAAGAGGGAGUACACCAUGCAUGACCACAACACGCUGUUGAAGGAGUUCAUCUUCAACAACGAGGGGAAGCUGAAGAAGCUGCAGGACGAUGCCAAGAUUGCCCAGGAUGCCUUUGAUGACGUGGUGAAGUAUUUUGGAGAAAACCCCAAGACGACACCCCCGUCUGUCUUCUUCCCCGUCUUUGUCCGGUUUGUGAAAGCCUAUAAGCAAGCAGAAGAGGAAAAUGAGCUGAGGAAAAAGCAGGAACAGGCGCUCAUGGAGAAGCUCCUGGAGCAGGAAGCUCUGCUGGAGCAGCAGGACCCAAAGUCACCUUCCCACAAAUCAAAGAGGCAGCAGCAAGAAUUAAUUGCCGAAUUAAGAAGGCGGCAAGUUAAAGAUAAUAGACAUGUAUACGAAGGGAAAGAUGGUGCCAUUGAAGAUAUUAUCACAGAUCUUAGAAACCAACCAUACAGACGAGCCGAUGCGGUGAGGAGAAGUGUUAGGCGGCGCUUUGAUGACCAGAACUUGCGUUCUGUUAAUGGUGCCGAAAUGACCAUGUGAACCAGAGACCUGCUUGUAUGAAUAGAGGGUGUGCGUGAAUGAAGAUGUCCAUGUGAACUUUCUGUGCUACCAUUUAACUGCAGCCUUGAACAUAGAUAAAAUAUUCUAAGGGCUCAGAUUUA